UUUUUUGCCUACCUGGCCUGGUCCCCCAUGAGACUGGAUAACUGGCUGAUUCACGCAUGGCGCGCUGGCGGGUGGUGGGUGGCCAAGAGAAAGGUUUGAUCGUACGAAGCUCGGCAGAGGUCUCCUCCCAACAGCUAGGGCGGCUUAACUAUGGAGCUGAGGUCGAGGAGUUGCAGCUGCUCGGGGAGCGCCUGGAGUUCCAGAAGGUGUCGGGCGAUGGAGUUGAGCGUGGCUGGGUGAGUCUGAGACUCAAGGGGAAGGAGUUGUUGACGCCCUGUGGCUGGCAACACCUGCGUGGCUGUUCCAUCGGCCCGUUCCACGCGCAUGAGGAGAAGGUCACCACCGUGGCCUUCGACCCGGUAACACCGCUGCAGCUGUGGACGGCCUCCUGGUCUUCGGCCUCGGUGAGGCAUUGGCAGCUGGCACGGCACCAGCAGCCACAGUUGGUCAAUCAGCUCAAGACUCAUGGACUCGUUAGCGCGCUCCAGCGCCUCGAUCAGGACACGCUGCUCACGGCCAUCUCUGCCAAUCCGAUGCCUGCGGGGAAUGUGUGUCACCAGGCAGAUUUCAAGCAGCGCAUGGCCGAGCUGGAUGAUAAGUUAGAGCCCGGACAGCAGCUGGUGCUGUGGCGACUGGAUCCGCGCCCCGAAAUGUGGAAACAGCUGCCCUUCCACCCGCACGGCUGCCGCCUUUUAGCCGUUGGCCCCGGGAAUGAGCUCGUGGCUUCGGCAUCCAAGGAGCGGCUGGUGCUGAGCCAUCGGAGCGGUCCUGGGGCGCCCCUGGAGGUGCUUUGGAGCGUGCACUUGGAACAGAAGCUGACAGCGCUUUGCUUCACAGAGACUGGAAGCCUUUGGAGCUGUAAUGGGCAGCAUGUGACCUGCUGGGAGGAGGGAAGGACGAAGAGCUCCGUGGAGAUCCAGGUGGAUAAUGUCUCAGCGUUGGUCGCGCUCCAGGAUGAGCUGUUGAUUGCUCACGAAACGGGCUUCUUGUUUCUGGAUGUGGGCACGGGCCAGAUCCGCCAGCAGCCACUGGUCGAGGGUCCUUCAGUCUUCGAUCGACUCCUUCGAUGUCGGUCAAGCGGUUUGAAUCCAAAGUUCAUUGAAUGGUGACCUCCAACCACCAGCAGUUCCAAAGUUGCCAUUGUCAGAAUUAGGCGCCCCAAAACUCCGGCAUGCCUGAAACACAUUGCACCCCGGAAUUCCUCCAAGAACUAUACCUUCCAGACCACUUGCAGAGAUGUUCUGGGAUGCUCAUCUAUUUGGCUGAAUUGGAUGCUUUGGAGGGCUCAGUAUUUGGGACACACCCGGACAAAAGCAUCAGUGUUUGUUGUGCUAUUCCUUCGACAACAACCUCUCACCUUGCUUUUCACCAUGGACACAUUCAGCCAAACGAAUCUCUCUUCGGACCUGCUGCGGACCUGCG